CAGCCAGAGCAGCACAGCUGCAUCCACUGCCGCCGCCGCAGCCACAGAGGCCACAACAGCUCGAGCGCGAGUCUCUCAGCGCUGCGCGGCGUAGAAUAGAGGGGCGGCGGUGCCCGCCCCAACCGAGCGGAGCCGAGCAGUGCUCGCAGCCCGGCUGCAGCCGUAGCUGCCGCCGCCGCCGCUGCCUCGCAGAUGCCAUCACAGCAACAAAGAGCUUGCUGAGCUGAGAGCCUCGGCGAGAGCUCGCCUGGAAGCCACGGCGCCGGCUCCCGGAGCUGGGCGGCAGCCGGAGGAAGUGCUUGGGGGGCCUGGAGGAGGGGAGGAGACAGAAGAUGGCUAAGAAGAGAAAGCCCCCCAGCAUCAAGGGCCUACCACCCCCUUAUUUAGAAGGCAAGAACUAUGGUGAGCCAAGGAUAUGUGAUUCGGAUUUCAAAGGGCCUGUUGUCAACAGGAAUUGUACAGAUGUGCUGUGCUGCAUGAUCUUCAUACUGUUCAUUAUUGGCUACAUUCUUUUAGGACUUGUGGCCUGGGUCAAUGGUGACCCCAGGAGAGUGGCCUAUCCUACAGACAGCCAGGGCCACUUUUGUGGCCAGAAGGACACCCCCAAUGAGAACAAGACCAUUUUGUUUUACUUUAACCUGCUCAGCUGUACCAGUCCCUCUGUGGUGUUAAACCUACAGUGCCCUACCACACAGAUCUGUGUCUCCAAGUGCCCAGAAAAAUUUUUAACCUACAUGGAAAUACAAUAUAUGUACAGAAAAGACAGCAGCUAUUUGACUUACUACAGCCAGUUCUGCAAGUCUGCUUUUGUUAAACCUGCGAAGACUCUCACACAAGUUUUACUGGAUAAUGAUUGUCCAACAGCGAUUUUUCCAAGCAAACCUUUUCUCCGGAGAUGUUUCCCUGACUUCUCUACUAAAAAUGGCACUUUAACAGUAGGAAAUAAGACAGAGUUUGAAGAUGGAAGUGGAAGGACAAGAAAUGCUGUAGAACUCAGGGCAGCUGCAAAUGGUAUCAAUAAAGCCCUUGAUGCAAGGGCAAUUGGAAUGAAAGUGUUUGAAGACUAUGCAACAACUUGGUAUUGGAUUCUCAUUGGCCUGACUAUUGCCAUGUUCCUAAGCUGGAUGUUUGUGGUACUCCUGAGGUUCACAGCUGGAUUCCUCUUCUGGAUCUUCACCUUUGGUGUCAUUGGGAUUAUAGCUUAUGGAAUAUGGAACUGUUACCAGGAAUACAACAGUCUGCAGGAAAAGCCAAAUUCUCACUUAACUAUAUAUCACAUUGGGGUUCAGACUGACAUAAGCAUGUACUUUCAACUGAGACAAACGUGGUUCAUACUUAUGAUAAUACUCUGCAUCCUUGAAGUGUUUGUCAUCCUCGUGCUGAUCUUCCUCAGGAACCGAAUCCGCAUCUCCAUUGCCCUGUUGAAGGAGGGGAGCAAAGCCAUUGGAUAUAUCCCUACUACAUUAAUUUAUCCAGUUUUAACUUUCAUUUUCCUCUCAAUCUGCAUUUCCUAUUGGGCUGUGAUAGCAGUUUACUUGGCUACAUCGGGGGCACCUGUAUACAAAGUCAUAACCCCAAAGGGGCAGUGUAUACAUGAAAAUAAAACCUGUGACCCACAGACUUUUAAUACAACUGAAAUUGCCAAAGCUUGCCCUGGGGCCCAGUGUAACUUUGCUUUUUAUGGUGGAAAGAGCCUGUACCAUCAAUACAUCACUACCUUCCAGAUAUUCAAUCUAUUUGUCUUUCUCUGGCUUAUAAACUUUGUCAUUGCACUGGGUCAGUGUGCCCUUGCUGGUGCCUUUGCUUCUUAUUAUUGGGCCUUGAAAAAACCUGACGACAUCCCUCCAUAUCCACUUUUUACUGCAUUUGGACGAGCCAUAAGAUAUCACACAGGAUCCCUAGCAUUUGGAUCUUUAAUUCUUGCAGGAAUUCAAAUGUUUAGAUUAAUCUUAGAAUACUUGGACAAACGUCUCAAAGAGGCCCAGAACAACAUUUCUAAAUUCCUAAAAUGCUGCCUGAGAUGCUGUUUCUGGUGUUUGGAAAAAGCGGUAAAGUUUCUGAACAGAAAUGCCUAUAUUAUGAUUGCGAUAUAUGGAAAAAACUUCUGCAGGUCAGCAAAAGAUGCUUUUAAUCUGCUGAUGAGAAAUAUUUUAAAAGUUGCAGUUAUGGAUAGAGUUACUGACUUUGUACUAGUCCUGGGGAAGAUUCUAGUUGCUGGGUGUAUAGGUGUCCUGGCCUUUCUACUAUUCACAGAAAGACUCCCAAUGAUUAUAGAAGGACCAACAUCUUUAAAUUACUACUGGGUACCUUUGUUGACAGUCAUUAUUGGAUCUUACCUAAUUGCACAUGGAUUCUUCAGCAUCUAUGCAAUGUGUAUUGAAACAAUUUUUAUCUGCUUCUUGGAAGAUUUAGAACGAAAUGAUGGUUCUACUGAAAGACCCUAUUACAUGAGUCAAUCUCUGCUGAAGAUUUUGAAAGAGCCAAAUGUGCAAACUAAGAAGCGGUAGAAGUGCAAACUCUGGUCAUCCUGCAGCGAUGUUACCUUUCUCUCAUCUGCUGUGUCUGUGCUAUACUCGUUUCAUAAGUGCUUUGUGUAUGGAACACUGUAUUCAUGACCUUGUUGCUUUUAUUUGCAUGUUUUAUACCAAAGCUUAUACUGUAACAAUGUGAAGCCAUCAGAAGUUGCAAGGGAAUUGGUAAUAACAUGGAACAUUUUUUAUACUACAAUCUUUUGUUUUGUAAUUCAUUUUUUAACAAAUUGGCUUGGAUGUUUUGGAGAUGCCAGUGUAUAUGUUAAUAUUGUUUAAAAUUAUUAGAUUGAAAAAUGAGAUGUUACUUAAAUUGAUAGCUGCUAAUAUAUUUUUAAGGUUAUGACUAAAAAAAUUCUGCAGGGGAAGUUGGUGAAGGAAGUGAAAUAGAAGAUUUUAAAGUUUUUCCCACUCCUGUUUGACAGUACAUCUGUAAAAAGAGCACUCCACUCCAGAUUUUGCUCUAGGUAUAUAGACUGUUUCCUAUUAAACAAAUUGUCAGUUAUCCAGCCUUUACUACUUCUUCCUCUCUGACAAAGUGCCUUACUGGCUGUUUAAUAUUACCCAGCUUUUGUGGGCAAGUUUACAAACAUGGUUUAAAAAAAAAAAAACUGCAAUGUUUUAGUGAUUAUAACAAGUCUUUUUGCAUUUGUUUUCCUCUUAGCUCACCAGUUGGAAACCAUUAAUCAUUUCAGUAUGUUUGAUAUCCUCACUGUAUACAGCACAUUUUGCAGCAUAAACAAUUUCCCUUGCGCCUAGUGGACAUUCAUGAAUGUGUACUACACGCAGGAAAAAUACCUGAAAGGACACUUGUUAGUUUAGUUUUGUUUUUUUUACUAAAAGUGAGUUUAAAAUAAUCUUUUCUACGAUAGAUCUUUGAAAAUACAGUAGGUAUAAGACUGCCUUUCUCAGUGUUUUACACAGAUUGGAAAGGGAAUCUUUAAGGAAUUACAAAGGGAAACUUUACCCCUAAAAAGGGUGCUCACAGAUGUCAUGUUCUGAAAAACUCCACUCUAAAUGGUUAUUAUCAUCAGGAGUGUUUUAUGUAUGUUAUUUCCAUUUUCUAACUUUCGAUACGAAAUAAUCGGUUUACUUAUAACAUGUUACUUUUUACUGUGCUAAUAUAAACAGGAACAUAAUUUCUAAUUCAAUUUCAAAUAAUUUUGUUAGUACUACUAACGAAAGAAAAUGAAUUCAGUUUGUUAUAGAAGAGUCCAUAAAACAUUCACCCAAAGGUAAUGUCAUAAAAUAUUCUCCCUAAGGUAAUGUCAAUCAUGUAAUCAUAAUUUCUGAAAGCUUUGAGAAUCAACAAUAAGUUACUAGCAAUUUAUCUAUUAUCACAUUUAACUGUGACUUUGGAUAUUCUUCAUUGCCAAAAACGAACUCAUAUGAGCAAAUGACAGUCUGAGCUCUAUAAUCAGUGUGUUUCUGCUGUGCAGAAAUAUUAGGAACAUAUUGUAUAAAUAUCUUUGAUAACUAAA